UGCAGCUUGAGCGGAGCGUCCCGGCUGCCGACUUUCUCCUAGCUUCUUUGCAGAAGCAAUGAGGAGAAGAGAGCCAUCGCCGUCUGGGAUGCAGUAGUCUAACACCUAUUUUCCUAGUGGAAUCAUAUUUGCAUAUAUCCAGGGGAAAGAAACGACACUACUGUACAGUACGGAUUUGGCAGAUCCAUCAAUCGGAUGCAAGCAGAGCCAGACCCAACUUAACAAUGGGUCCCAUACCCCUGUGUGUCCUGCUCCCUGUGACGGUGCUGGCUGUGGUGGUGGCAGCUGUAACCACUGAGGAGAAUGCAGUCAGUGAUGAGUAUACCUGGCCACAGUGGAAGGUGCCUACAGUAAGGAAAAGACGCAUGGUGCAUCUCAACAGCCCCACCUUCUCAGCCCAUCCUCAAUCAGAGCUGGCUGGGAUCUGUGGGAUUGAGUGUCAGCGUCACCUCCCUUCACCCUCUCUGGAUAAACUGGAGCAGUUCCUGUCCUACGAGACAUUUUACGAGAAUGGCACACGCACGUAUACCUCAGUGUCUGUUCAAGGCCUCAGCGAGGUAACUGCUUGGUCCAGAAACACCUCAUCUAGCUCCCGUCACAAACGGGAGGUUUAUGGCACAGACACCCGCUUCACCAUCUCUGAUAAGCAGUUCAGCACCAAAUAUCCCUUCUCCACGACUGUGAAAAUCUCCACAGGAUGUUCUGGGGUUCUGGUCUCACCUAAACACAUUUUGACCGCUGCCCAUUGCAUUCAUGAUGGAAAAGAUUAUCUAGAUGGGGUACAGAAGCUACGUGUUGGUAUUCUGAAAGACAAGUCUAAAAAAGGGAAAGGAAACAAAGGGAGAGGAGGACGACGCAAAGGCAAAAGGAGAAAGGGAGACAAAGGUAAAGAAGAAGUGCAGGAAAAAGAAGAGAAUGGUGGGAAAGGGGACCAUAAAAGAAAAGGGAAAGGUCAGAAGAACCGGAGUCGCCGCAGUGCAGAAUCAGAGAAACCUUCGUUUAAGUGGACCAAGGUCAAGCAGACUCAGGUUCCUAAAGGUUGGUUUAAAGGUGUCUCUGGUGGACUGGCUGCGGAUUAUGAUUACGCUAUUCUAGAGUUGAAGAAAGCCCCCAAAGUGAAGCACAUGGAUCUAGGUGUUAUACCCUCUGUCAAGAAGCUUCCUGCUAGGAGGAUCCAUUUCUCUGGUUUCGAUGAUGACCGGCCUGGCCACCUGGUCUACCGGUUCUGCUCCGUGUCCAACGAGUCCAGUGAUUUGCUCUAUCAGUACUGUGAUGCUAAACCUGGCUCCAGCGGCUCUGGGGUCUACAUCCGCCUCAAAGAACCUGGCAAGAAGAAGUGGAAGAGGAAGAUCAUUGGAGUUUUCUCAGGUCACCAGUGGGUGGAUGUAAACGGGGAUGGGAUGCAGCAGGACUACAACGUGGCAGUCAGGAUAACACCCCUUAAAUAUGCUCAGAUCUGCUACUGGGUCCAUGGGGACUCAAGUGAGUGCCAAGUAGCUUAGCACAACACAGGAUUCUCUUAACCACCAUCCCGCUCACAUCCUUAACUAUUCUCACCCCUCCAAACUCCUAUCACCAUGCAGGAGCCCCGAUGCCUGCCUCUUGUCUUCCUGCCUCCCUAUUACCUCCUGUGCCUGACAGUAGCUCCUGCUACACUGAUAUAAACACACAUACACAAACACACUCACAUCCUUGUUUUUGUCACUUACCAGGUCCCUACAUAGACUUACAUUAAUUUCCAGGAGACUUACCCUGACCCUAACCAGAACUGCCACUUGCCUAACCCUUACCCUAAUAUUUAACCAAAGCCAACACUUUGACUUGACUUGACUUGACAUGCUCUAACCUUAUACCCCAUUGUUUUUGUAAAAUUCGACAAACUACAUUGUGGGGACCAGCCUCCAGUCCCCACAAAUUACUUCCGGUCCCCACGAAGAUAGCAACUCAUGGAUUUUGGGCCACAGAAGUACAGAAAAACAAGGACACACACACACACAACCAUGCAGACUCGGUGUUGAUAACAACAGAAACUCGUCAACACAUCAAGAGAACUGUGGCUUUUCAGCUUUUCUAAUUUAUUUGUUUAAAACAACAACAACAAAAAGUAUAUUUGCAGAAAAUUCAGAUCUGCAGUUUUGCUUUUGGUUUUGACUCUUUUUUGAUCAGUUUGUGUAUUCAAAUGUUUGUGAGCAAAGCCCUACUACAUUUGUCCUAUAAUUCAGAUAGGAUUUGUAUGGAGGGGUUUGCAUUGUCAGUUUUCAAGUGUUCUCCACCACUGUACAGAGGAGUGUGUGGACUGGCCUCGGCCAAAGAACGAGGAAAAAUAAAUGUAACUUGUGUUUUAUAAAUGAACUAUAUAGAGAUAUUGAGAUUACUGUUUUUAUAAACAUUUUAAUUGAAUGAGCUGGCAUUUUGCAUUGUGUAUAUCUAGAAGUAUGACUUUGUUUUUUUUCUAAAUAGUGAACGGGUCCUUAUGGAUCCUGCAUCUUUCUGAUUGUGUCUCACCCUCCUUUCUUUGUUCUUGCAAAACAGUUAAAUGUGGUUUCAUUGGUGCUUAGAAUAUGUGGUGCUAAUUUAUGGAAUUGUAAACACUUGGGGGGAGGGACAGUAAGGGGAGACUUCUCAGAAUAUUUUUGAUAGCCUAGUACUGUAACUGUGUAUUUAAUGUGAGGCUACAUAUUUGGGUUGUGUUAGGAUGGGACUGAACCAUUCAACAAUUUACUUGAGAAUCCAAAAUUUUGAGGGUUAAAUAGGAUUCCAAACACAAUAUUGUUAUAUAACAACAAUUUUAAAUCUGGGAUGUGAUAUUUUUGACUUUUCAUGUUGCUCAUGUUCCAAAAACACAUAUACAUUUAAUGCCGAGUACCUGAGAUGAAUAAUGCAGACUGAAAGCUACCAACCAUUA